AAAAACAAUAUUUAAUUAAUAUUAAUGCUUCCUGUGAAAUGAACUCUGAGGGUAACAUUAAACAAAUAGACUCACAAUAUGGUAAUAUUUCCAUAUCUGAUAUAACUGAUAAUAUUUUAAAUUCUGAUGAACCUGAUGGUGCUUUUUCAAAUAUAUCUGAAAAUGUAUCUGAUACUGCUUCAAAUCCUGAUAAAAAGAAACUUCAGAGUCAAGGAUCAGUACAAAAUGCUUCUGAUAUACAAGAUAAGGUAAAUCCAGUUAUCAAUCAAGUACAAAAUACUGAAGUAAAAAUUCCAUAUAAUAAAAAAGUCGAGCAAGACUUAAAGCGCAACUUAUCUUUGUUCAUUAAAGAUAAUAAUAAUAAAGUUAGUGAAGUAUUUGAUAUACAAAUUCUUGAAUUUUCACUAGAAGCAAUUAUAACAGGAUCUAGUAAAAUUACAGCACAAAAUAUAGCUGAUUUGUUUAUUAUAGCAAUGAAAGUUAGACAAAAAGAGAUUUUAUGCUAA